AUGCUGAAAACUACCAUUGUCGUUGUUGGGGUGGCGGUGCUUUUGUGCAUAGUUCGAGACAUCAAUUCCCACCCAUCGUUGAGUGUUCUUGACGCCGAGGGGGUCUUAGGAGAGGAGGAGCAUGGAAACAGAACCAAGCGAUCUAUGAGCUGCACGAAUUACGGGUGUCACAAGAACUCCUGCGGGACGAAACCGGAAGCUCAUCGGGAAUGGUGUUGGACGACGAGGGGAAGCACGUGGGAUUUGCAUCACUGCACCGAGUACGAUGAUGGUAGUUUAAUUCCUGCCGGUGCAAUGUCCGUGCGGGCAGGGUCAUUAAAGCACAGCUCAGGCGGACAAGUGUACAAAGUUGGGAAAGUAAUUCGAAAUCCGGGCUACAACAGGGAGGCGUCUUUUGACGGGGAUAUUGCCAUACUGCAACUCACUUCCACAAUUUGGUUCGGGUUCGGUAAAACUUGGGCCAGUCUGAGUUACAAGGAGCCGGAAGCCGGGACCACCCACGUAGUCACCGGGUGGGGACGAACUUCUGAAAGUGGGAAGGAUUCGGACGUUCUGCAAUAUGCCAAUAUUCCAAUCGUUUCAAGGUCCGAGUGUCAAAAGGCGUACCCUGACGAGAAGAUUACGGACAACAUGAUCUGCGGGGGUUAUCCGGAGGGAGGCAAGGAUUCAUGCAAAGGUGACUCCGGGGGACCAUUGACCCGACAGUGGAGUAAUAUACAGGCUGGAAUUACUAGUUGGGGAUAUGGGUGUGCUAGGCCAGGUCAACCUGGUGUGUAG